CACAUAUAUAUAUAUGUAUAUUCUAUCGGUGCGCGAAAAAUACAAAUUAAACAUUUUACUUGACUUCCUGCAGGCAAUUGUUGCACAUUUCGAAAGAGGGGACAAAUAGUCGCUGAACCUAAUUUUAGAUUCCGUCACAUUCGCGUCUCCAUUCUGCGACAAGAGAGCGAGUUCCGUAGAUGUUAUAUUAAAAUACACAAUCGAUCAAUCCCGAUAACAAUUACAGAAUGUCUUUGACGAAAAAGAGGUAAGCCAGCUUUUCAAUACCGGAUACUAAUAAGAGCCAUUGCUUCAUUCAUUCAGGUUCAUCCUCUCACAAAUAUUUGUUCAACGCGAGACAAUUUUCCCUAAAUUCCAAAGAACAGAAUGUCGCCGUGUGCGUCCGUUUCUCCGAUUGGACCAGCCAUCGCUCGCACUAUUUCGGUCUACGAUUAAAUUUGCAGCGAUAAAUUUAGAAUAAUAGAGAAUACGACAGAUUCGUCUGUGGAAAAUUAAGGUCACCACCGGUCGCAUACGUAGUCUAAAUGUGCGUGUUUUAGUGCACAAAACUUCGAGUGUUCCAAACCGACAAUUUGUAGAUUUUCAGACGCACAAUCUGUAUGUCACGUGAUAAUAUGUCAUAUAACUAUGUUGUAUUAAUACAUAUGAUAUCAAAUAGAUUUGUAACAAAUGAAAUUAAGAUAUUCAAUACAAAAAUUAAGAAAUAUUCUUUUCAUUCUGUUUUCAGAGCUAUGUUGAGCGCAGCUUUUGUUCCUCAAUUAAAAUAACAAUUGAGGAAUAACGAUGGGAAUUACAUAUUUUCAGUAAAAAAACGUCUCGCUCGACGAAUUUCGUCGUGCCGUACACGAUGUCGUCUCGCAAGAGCCGUUUGCGACGCGAUUCGCGAAUCUCUGCACGUCGGGCGAUAGACGAGGGAUGGUCGAGAUGCUUAUGGAACUGCCCCGUGUAGCGGGCUUGAAACCGGGCGACUCGUACAAGGGUAAGGAUGAUGCGCAGGCCGCGCAGUUGUACGAGAAAUCGCUUAAAACGACGGCGGAGCCCGGGGACAAACACACAGAGGGGAUUAGAACGUGUAAUAUUCUCACGAAAACACUGUUUGCGGCCAGUGCGAAUGAUAGAGUGUUCCUAGAUGCGCUCUGCGAGCGCGCUAAGUUCUCCUAUAGUCUGCGAGCUUUCGCGAGCUGCCUGAGAGACUGCGAAUGCAUGCUGGCGCUUCCUGCGAGUUUCUACGACGACUCUGCGGAGAACGUUAAGUACUUCGUCCAGCGUAGAAAGGAGUGCCUUCAGCUAGAACGGGAGUGCUCCCGGAAAUUAGAGGCCGUGUCUUCCAAGAAAGGCCGCGGCAGCCGCGGAAGGACGUCCUCCUCUUCUGCUGGCGCAUCAUCCGGAAAGCGCGCCGCUGCGACGCCCAGCGUCGACGGCAAGCCGCACAGCUGUCUCGCGAGCUGUCCGGAUAGCGUUGAGCUACGAUUCGACGAGGCCAGGGGCCGGCAUCUCGUUGCUACAAGAGACAUCAGACCGGGGGCUGUACUCAUUGUCGACCGGCCGUUUUCCUUUAGCACGGACGGACCGGCACUCGGCAGGAAUUGUUUGCAUUGCCAUGCCACACUUAAAUUAGAAGACAGCGUUAGAAUCCCAUGCCGUAAUUGCCAAACAGUAUCCUUUUGUACGGAAGCGUGUCGCAAGGAAGCGUGGGAGACGUAUCAUCAGUACGAGUGUUCGGUGUUUGAUUACUUUUUCGAAAGUUCCUCGAGCAACGAGUCCCAACAAACGUCUUAUCUCCUGCUAGCCUAUCGCACAACGAUCGUGCGAGCGCUAUCGCCGCGAAACAGCGCGGAAACAAAUUGCGCUUUGAAUCCUGAUUUUCUCCGAUAUCACGCUGACGGUAACGCGAGGCGUAAAGACGACGAUAUUAGUAAGGAAUGUACGGAAUUAGGAUUGAGGAAACCGUACAGUCCUCUCGAUUACCGCACGGUAUUUCAACUGGAGACCCAUUGCGUCGAUAUGGAACCCAAUGUAAAUCUCAUCCGCACGACCGAGGCAAUAUUCCUUGCGAAAUGCUUGGUCUUUGUUCUGAGCAAAUUAGACGUCAUUUGUACGAAGGAAACGUUUGUGCCAUUGGCCGUGGCGAUGCUGCACCAUUUGCAGGCGAUUAAUUGCAAUGCUUACGAGAUUAUCGAGAAUAUUCACGAUGAAACGACGCGCGUGUGGGAGCCCAGAAAUAUCGGUGGCGCGAUUUAUACCACAGUCAGUCUUGUGAAUCACAGCUGUUAUCCUAAUGUGGUUCGGCAUUCUUAUCCAAACGGAGCAAUCGUGGUUAGAGCACUGCACUUUAUCGGCAAAGGAUGCGAGAUACUCGACUGUUACGGACCACAAUUUCUCUGCGAGAACAGAUUGACUAGGCGUGAGCUCUUGUGGAAAAAGUAUCGAUUUCUGUGCGAAUGCGACGCUUGCACACAGAAUUGGAAAUUCCCGCUAUCGGAAACGUUGAGUUACAAGUGUACAGUGUGUUGCAAACCAAUAGAUUUCUCGGUAAUAAACGCGAACACUACGCAGAAGGUAAUAAAUCUGCAAUGUAUUAAAUGCGAGAAAAUGAUCGAUUUAAAGAAAAUCGAGAAACAACUUGCGAGGUCGAUUCAGAAGAGAUUGAACGCCAUCACUAAGAUGUAUCAGGGAAAUUAUAGAGACGCGUUGCCUUUGCUAUUCGAGCACGCACAGUUUGUCAAUAAAUACUUGGUUGAACCCAACAUCGAAGGUAUCAAAACCGAGCAGUGUAUUGUCCAGUGUUACAAUUCUUUUGGUUCCACUUCUGUGUAAUGAUUUAUAACAGCUAUUUAUAGUAGUGAAACAAUUUAAAUUUUUAUUGUACACUUUUUGUGAAAAACACAAUA